AUGAAACAUCCCUCCUCCUCCGCCUCCCCCCGUCUCUUUUCAUCUUCUGCGUGAUAUUUCAAAUCUCUUUUUUUUCUCUUCGUCUUAAUUUCAAUCUGAAGCAACAAAUAAGAACAUCAAGUCUGGAGUUUUGUUUCCAGAAUAACACAUAAAUCCAAAAAGAGCAAAAUCAUCUUACUACAAGAGAGAUACAAGGGCAUCUCAUUUGACUCACAAUGGCUCCAGGAGGAAGUGCUUUGAAAGAAGUCCUUGAAUCUACUUCAGCUGGAAUGGAUUACGAGGUUAAAAUGGCGAAAGCCGAAGUUAAUAAUCACAAACCUACAAAGUCAGGGAGCGCAGGAGUUGGAAAAUAUGGGAUGCAUUCAAACAAUGGUGUCUACGAGCUUCUUGAAUGUCCUGUGUGUACUAAUCUAAUGUACCCUCCAAUUCAUCAGUGUCCAAAUGGCCACACCUUAUGUUCAAACUGCAAAGCAAGAGUGCAAAACACUUGCCCUACAUGUCGCUACGAGCUUGGUAACAUAAGAUGCUUAGCUCUCGAGAAAGUUGCAGAGUCCUUAGAAGUUCCAUGCCGUUACCAAAGUUUGGGAUGUCAUGACAUUUUCCCUUACUACAGCAAGCUUAAACACGAGCAGCAUUGCAGGUUUAGGCCUUACGCUUGCCCUUACGCUGGCUCUGAGUGUGCUGUUACAGGUGAUAUCCCCACGCUUGUUGUUCAUCUAAAAGAUGAUCAUAAAGUCGAUAUGCAUGACGGCUGCACUUUCAACCACCGUUAUGUUAAAUCAAAUCCACAUGAAGUUGAGAAUGCUACAUGGAUGCUUACGGUGUUCAACUGUUUUGGGAGACAGUUCUGUUUACACUUUGAGGCGUUUCAGCUAGGGAUGGCUCCAGUGUACAUGGCGUUCCUUCGUUUCAUGGGAGAUGAAAACGAGGCAAAGAAGUUUAGUUAUACCUUGGAAGUAGGAGCUCAUGGACGUAAACUAACGUGGCAAGGGAUCCCUAGAAGCAUACGUGACAGUCACAGGAAAGUCAGGGACAGUCAAGACGGUCUCAUCAUCCCUAGAAACCUUGCUCUCUACUUCUCUGGAGGUGAUAGGCAAGAACUCAAGUUGAGGGUAACCGGUCGAAUCUGGAAAGAAGAGUAA